AUGGGACACUCUAGCGGAAGCAGCAGCGAUGAUGAACUGAGAAGCGGUUCUAAAAAGCGGAAGUCCAAGAAGGAAAAAAAAAGUUCCAAGAAAAAACGCGAUAAGCAUUUGGAACGCACCGAAGAUAACGACUCUUUCCUUGAUCAAGUUGACAAGGACGACGUGGACAGACUGUUGCUCUCGCUGCUUCAGAUAUCUCCGCAGGUGGAAGGAGAACUGGUGGAUGUAUUUAAGCAGCUCGACUUGAAGGGCACCGUGUACUUACAGGACCUAGGAGACCCCAGGCUGCGCAAGAAGCUGCGCCACUUGUUCAGGGCUCUCCUUAUUGGAGAGGUAGAGGGUGAACGGGGCAAGGGGUGGCGCAAGGUGCCGGCUUGUAAGAAAUCACUUGCUAAAUUCGUGAAGCGUUGCUGCAAGGCAUUGCAACCACGGCUGGGCCCUUCGAAUCCAGUAUUCGAACCUUUGAUUUCAGACUACGCUUUGACUGAGAAGGACCAAGAGACCGAGGAACAGUCUGCAGGCUUUGACCCUGCCAAGGCUGCACGAAAGGCAGAGGAAGCUGUUCAGCGUUGGCGCGAAGAGCAGGCCCCAAUUGAAGGGCUUUCAUCGGACUCGAUUUCUCAGAAAGAACCACUUGAGCAAAAGCCAACGGCAUCGGGAGCACUUGCUCGAGAGGAAUGGAUGCUGGAAGCUCCAGCCUAUCUCCGUUGUUUGGCGGCGAAGGAUGGGCCAGACUCCAAGAGAAAACAGAUACUGCAGCAGAAAAAAAAGGACGACGAGGAAGCUGUGCGGGUCAAAGCUGUGAUGGAAGAAUGGAAUAAAGCAUGCAAGAUGAAGAGUCUGAGAGAAAUGAGGGAGGAAGGUGAGUUUGCCGAGGGGGAGGAAGCGUACAAGCGCUGGAAGCAAAGCAUGCACGUGGCGCGGAAUGUAUGGGGAAAACGGGCUGCAGACCAGGUUGCUGAACAGGAAUUCCAGCACGAUACCAAAAAGGGCCAGCCGUGGCAGCGCUUCGACAGGGAACGCGAUUUGCAGGCAAGGGUCAUACAACAGGUGUCACAAGCAGACUAUCAGAAAUUGCUCCAACAGACCCAGUUGGCCUCGCGCUUCAAGUCUUCCUGGCAGACCUCAUUUUUAUGA